UUCCUGCGAGUUCGAUUGUCCAAAGAUCAAAUUAUAAUCCGACCUUAGACGGAAUCGAAAGGUCAACAAGCGAAAAGUCAAACAUAUAUGCAUUUUCAGUGAUUGAUGACUAUGAAAAGCAAAAUCACAUUACUCAAAAAGGUAACAAUAUCUUCUUCGUAUAAGACCCUUUGGCCAUGUGACAGUCGACAUAAGGAAAUUUCCCGAUGGCUAGAGAAUUGGGAUUCGACGGCGGAGACGGUGGUGGUAUUGUCCUCUACGUGUGGUCAGCUAUGGUGGUUUUGUCGAUCGUCGCCGCCGCAAUUUUCUCGUGCGCCGACGGAGCGUCUAAAGCCAGAGCGUCGGAAAGCCACAACGAUGGGUCGACCUGUGCAGCCGGAUGCGGCGGAGCUUGCGGCGGUUAGAGGGAUUUUUUGUUUGGGGUAGGAUAUCCUUUGUUUGCGGAUACGUGUGAAUGCCGACUCACUUGCGGGAAUAAAUUUUUGGACUAUAUGAUUAUUCA